CUGACCCUGCAGAGUCCUUCUGUGGCGGAUAUGGGGCUGCGCGACGAGGAGGAGCUCGAGGGCAGCCGCGGGGACCCCCAGGAGGAGGAAGAAGAGGAAGAGGAGGAAGAGGAAGAGCUAGUGGACCCCCUGACUAAGAUACGGGAGCAGUGUGAGAAGCUGGAGAAAUGUGUGAAGACCAAGGAGCUCCUGGAUCAGUGCAACUCUCGGGUGUCCUCGAGGACUCGCACAGAAGAGGAGUGCGCGGAGGAGCUCUUCGACUUCCUGCAUGCCAGGGACCACUGCGUGGCUCACAAACUGUUCGACAGUCUGAAGUAAAUGUUGGGAACGUGUCUUGCCAUCCGACUCAGUGGCUCAGCUGAAAACUUGUGCAGGUUUUGUUUGGAUUCAAGGUGCUGCUUGCUGCCCGUCACUGUGAACAUGUGAUGUGCGUGUGCAACGGCACUCCGACACUUGUGCACUGAUCUUGAUGCUUCAUCUGUAUCUGACUGUACAGCUCUAGCGACACCAUCUUGUUCUGUGGUUUGCCAUAAUAAACAUUCAAGGUUCCUGUAGAA